GUACGACCGCUAGUCAAGCUAUACACAUGCUUCUCGUUCCAAAGGGCUCGUAGAGAGACAAAAAGCGGAUGAAUGUGUGAGGUCCAUGAGGAGGUCGUGGCGGAAGCCUAGAGUAUUCAGAGUUGUAUCCAGAACCUUCCGAUUAUUAAACAUGGCUACUCUCUUUGUCCUCCAGGCCUUGAUCGUGCAGUAAUAGGUCACGUACUCUUCUUCACAGCUAUCUACCGGUACCGCUUAUAAUUCAGGCAGUUCAGGUGGGAGUGCAUUUCCCUCCCUCGAGGCCUCUUGAUUACCAUGAAACGAUUCGUGAGGACAUGAGAACCCAGACAACUCCGCAGGAUGAAUCACGUCCCGACGACCUCAGCCACAACUGCUUCCUUGUUCCUUUGCUCAUAAAACGAAAUCAUCAAGCUUGACUAAAUCGAUUUCACACUCAAAAGGCUCUCUCUUCUUAGAUAGAUUAUCUCAAAAUCUCCCCGUUCCACGAUGCGUCUUGGAAAUACCACCUCCCUUUUCCUUGUGCUAUGCGCUCUCUUAGUUCCAGGUAUUCAAGCCGGUUGGAGUACUGAGCAGACUACUCGCAAGCUUUAUGACGAUGAGGAAUACCGCUAUGAUGAUGAGGAAUACGGCUUUGUGUGGUCGCUUCUCAACGGAACGGCAUUUUGCUUUACUUCGCACGAACAUCCUCAGAGAUUUGACCUGGUACGAUCCCGAGUGUGUGACUUUGCUGAUUCCCCUGCAACUCAGCUGUGGCGUCACGAUGAUGGCAAGUUCAUAAGCAAGGUCGAUUCUUCCCUUUGUAUGAGGAUCUACGGAAGCAAUCUCUAUGAACAUGGAAGUUCUCGCGUUCGUGUGACCCCGUGCGGUGAGGAUACUUCACUGAACCUGUUUGAUUUUGAAGGUGACAAGAUUGUCGUGCGCGAAGACAACUCCUUUUGCCUCACUAGUCAUGGAGCCAUUCACCGUGAGGGGGCUCCGAUGAUUGCUCGAGCCUGCGCGAAGAAGCCGCGCUUCCGCUUUUGGUUUGAGACCCCAGACGAUGGUACUACCGGGUUCUGUAACGAUGACGCUGAUCCUGUGGGGUGUCUCGUUGUGGCAGAUGAAGAUCCUGUACCAGGGCAGAAGUUGAUCCUUGGUCAUCCCGACCUCAACCACAACUGGAAGUCGGAAGUUGAUACCAAUCUCUUUCGGACGGCCUUGGAUUUCAACAUGUGCAUGCAAGCAGGCAAUGGAUCGGGUCCACCAACCGAGGGCACUUCCUUACGAUUGUACCCCUGUGAUGAAACCAAUCCUCUGCAACACUUUGACUACGAGGGUGUGGAUAUCAUCCAUGUGGGCUCGGGCCUGUGCGUGGGCUUCCGUGGUGACAGUAGCCAUGUCAACGUCGAUCCAAUCAUUCUCAAAGAUUGUGAGCUCGUCGGAAACAACUGGAGCACUGAUGGUUAGGCUGUUGCGGCCAAAAAGGAGACUGCAAUGAUAUUAUAACCUGAAGCAGACAAGAACACACCGUAAAGGACCGGACAGCGACUUCAUUGGCUUGCGUGGCAUAGGAUCGGUGGUCGUCUUAUUCACUGAUAAUUCUCAAUAAGAUUAUGUAUUCAACAU